CCUCUAUUCGUUUUGGGAGGUUAUGUUAUUGACUUGAAAAAAAAAAAAUUGUAAACUCCUAUUCUUCUUUCGUUUGUUUAUAAUAGAAACCAGGACAACGCACACAAUGCCAUAUGAUAUUGAUACUCUAUUACCGGAAGGAUUUACAGAAUUGAACUCUGAACAACAGCAAUCAACUAUUUAUGAUUUUGAAGCUAUCAAUAAUGACGACGAUAAAGAACUUUGGUUAAUCCGAGUGCCAGAAGAGGUAUCAGCUGAAAGUUUGACAUCAAUGAAGAUCAAGUUAUCCAAGACACCUGGAAAACCUGUUAGUAAAUUAGAAUUAAACGACAAUGAAAAAUUUACAAUGUAUCGUGUACCAGAAGGAACAUCUUUGGCAUCUGAUGUGGGAGUGAGUGGACAAGAAAUGUUUGGUUUUUCUUGUUUAGUUCCUUCUGAUCAAGGCAAAAUGGUAUUUGCACCCACUCGAUUCACUCAAUGUUUGAUUUUGGAUGAAGAAGUGACAAUUCCUGAUGGUACCCAACUUGCAGAAUCUAUUCGUGAUAGUCCCGUGACAAAGCGACAACAUCCAGAAGGUUUAAAAAUGCGAUUCAAACCCUAUGGAUUCGAUACUUGUGAACCUGAAGAUGUGGAACCCAAUCAAAUUAUCAAUAAGGAUAUCAAGAAGGAUGACCAACAACAUACAGAUAAGAAACGAAAAAAGCACAAGGUAGAUGACGAUGACAAUGAUAAGAAGAAGAAAAAGAAGGAGAAAAAAGCCAAAAAAUAGGAUAGCAUCAUAGUUAAUAGUAGUAGUAUUAGACUCAAUCGACAUAUUUUAGAACACAUUUCCGUUACAGCAUUUGAUUUUAUAUUAUAUAUACAUGUACUCUUUCUAUUCCACCUUUUUUUUUUUUUUUGCCAAUACAAUAAAGAAAUCAAACUCAUUCUAUCAAUAUCUUCUCGUGUAAUAUACUUGUUACGGACU